AGACGGAGUAUAUAUAAAGAGUGAGUUAAAGAAAACACCCAGGAUUGUCCAGGAUCUCACACAGCUAAAUACAAAACUUCAAGGUCACGUUGCUAAUAUUAUGUCGAAAAGUUGGAAAAUAUUCUCAUUACUCGUUGGAAGUGUUGCUAUUUGGAUUAUCGUUUCUUUCGGGUGGUCUUGGCCGGAAAUCAGUUCCCCGAUAACAGCCAUCACCCCCGCUACUAUUAGGAAAUUGAUAAGAAGCAAUAAAAUUGGCGAAAAUGGGGAAUAUCUCCCAUUUUACGGGUACACAGCAAUCUCCAUGGUGGAACAUCCUCCCAGUUUCGGUCAACAGAUUGAACACUUCAUUCGAUCCUCCAGCUUGCGUCAGUUCUUCGUCCCACUCCCACACGACACGUAUCACAUGACGAUAUUCAACGUCUACACGAUUCAAGAUCAAACAAUUCCUCCGGUGGAGCGGUGGGUGAAGGAGGAAGGCGGCGUGAUCCACAACAAUUCCUGGCUUCCGGAGAACGUUCUUUACAAACAACAUGUCCAAGCGACCAAGCUCCUCUCCGCCGUCCCUCCAUCGUUUGGCGUCGAGAAAGUCGAGCUGAGGACUCCUGUCGACUACUCAGUUUUAUCUGUACUCGUGACUGCUCUUCGGAGUGAUUUUAAGGACGAGAUAAUGCAGCUGAGAGAGGAAAUGAAGACAAUUUAUGAGCAUAAUGACACUGGAUUGACCAGAUUUCACAUUACGUUAGCAUAUUCGUAUAAGCCAUUCCAAAUUUCAGAGCAGGUUUCUCAGGACUUGAAGAUAUUGAAUGACAUGGUUCAAAAACUUGUGGAAUUCCGACUGGUAAAUCACGGAGUUUAUUUCUAUGAUAGGAUAACCAAUUUUAUUCUUUGGACGGAUCGAAAGAAAAAUUAAUCCUCAAAUGUUAUUAAGUCAUCUCUCGAAUAAAACUUGAAUAAAAUGUCAAGUUUGUACAAAUUAAAGCCAUUCAGGUGGCGGAGACGUGCAAAUGAUUGACAGUUUCAUAACGUUAA